AUGACGGCCUCCCACCUGGACUUUGGGGAAGUGGAAACUUUCCUGGACAGACACCCAGAGUUAUUUGAAGAUUACUUGAUGCGGAAGGGGAAGCAGGAGAUGGUGGAGAAGUGGCUGCAGAGACACAGUGAGAGUCAGGGGGCUGUAGGCCAGAGGCCCGCAGUGACCAGCACCAGCAGCUUGGCUCACAGUGGUGGCAGACGCAGCGGCAGUGUUGGUGGUGGCACUGGACCAAAUAGCUCUGCCAACAGCCAGCCCCCAGGUGGUGGGGACUGUGGUGGGGUUCCCCUGAGUCCCAGCUGGGCCAGUGGCAGCGGGGGCGAUGGGAGCCUGCAGCGGAGAGCUUCUCAGAAAGAGCUAAGGAAGAGUUUUGCUCGCUCCAAGGCCAUCCACGUGAACAGGACCUACGAUGAACAGGUGACCUCCCGGGCCCAGGAGCCCCUGAGCAGUGUGCGGCGGAGGGCGCUUCUCCGGAAGGCCAGCUCCCUGCCCCCCACCACGGCCCACAUUCUCAGUGCCCUGCUGGAAUCCAGGGUGAAUCUGCCUCAGUACCCCCCUACAGCCAUGGACUACAAGUGCCACCUCAAAAAGCAUAAUGAGCGUCAGUUCUUCCUGGAACUGGUCAAGGAUAUCUCCAAUGACCUUGACCUUACCAGCCUGAGCUACAAGAUCCUCAUCUUUGUCUGUCUCAUGGUGGACGCUGACCGCUGCUCUCUAUUCCUGGUGGAAGGGGCAGCUGCUGGCAAGAAGAGCUUGGUCUCCAAAUUCUUUGACGUGCAUGCAGGAACCCCACUGCUGCCCUGCAGCAGCACAGAGAACUCAAACGAGGUACAGGUCCCCUGGGGCAAAGGCAUUAUUGGCUAUGUCGGGGAGCAUGGAGAAACGGUCAACAUUCCUGAUGCCUACCAGGAUCGAAGGUUCAAUGAUGAAAUUGACAAGCUAACUGGAUACAAGACAAAAUCACUAUUGUGCAUGCCUAUCCGAAGCAGUGAUGGUGAGAUUAUUGGUGUGGCCCAGGCGAUAAAUAAGAUUCCUGAAGGUGCUCCAUUUACUGAAGAUGAUGAAAAAGUUAUGCAGAUGUAUCUUCCAUUUUGUGGAAUCGCCAUAUCUAAUGCUCAGCUAUUUGCUGCCUCAAGGAAAGAAUAUGAAAGGAGCAGGGCUUUGCUAGAGGUUGUUAAUGACCUCUUUGAAGAACAGACUGACCUGGAGAAAAUUGUCAAGAAAAUAAUGCAUCGGGCCCAAACUCUGUUGAAAUGUGAACGCUGUUCUGUUUUACUCCUGGAGGACAUUGAAUCACCAGUGGUGAAGUUUACCAAAUCCUUUGAAUUGAUGUCCCCAAAGUGCAGCGCCGAUGCUGAGAACAGUUUCAAAGAGAGCAUGGAGAAAUCUUCAUAUUCCGACUGGCUUAUAAAUAACAGUGUUGCCGAGUUAGUGGCUUCCACAGGCCUCCCAGUGAACAUCAGCGAUGCCUACCAGGAUCCUCGCUUUGAUGCUGAGGCUGACCAGAUAUCUGGUUUUCACAUAAGAUCCGUUCUCUGUGUUCCUAUUUGGAAUAGCAACCACCAAAUAAUUGGAGUGGCUCAGGUGUUAAAUAGACUUGAUGGGAAAGCUUUUGAUGACGCAGAUCAACGACUUUUUGAGGCUUUUGUCAUAUUCUGCGGCCUUGGCAUCAACAACACAAUUAUGUAUGAUCAAGUAAAGAAGUCCUGGGCCAAACAGUCUGUGGCUCUUGAUCUGGCAACAAGAUUGAAGGGAACUAAUCCAGCCCCCAGUGACAAUAACCACCCCAGAAGCCUUUCCCUCCCCAGAAAGCACGCACACAUAUUUCAUGGCCCGGAGAGGUAAUGUGAAUACAUUUUUUUUCCCGCGUGAGACUCUUGAGAGACAGCACAGCAUUCUCUUGUCUUUUAAGAAUC